AUGAGGCGUGCUGAGCUGCUGUUUCUCCAGGCUUUGUUUGUUCGGUUGGUCUUCUGGCAGAUGCACACUGCCCCUGGUGCCCUCCUCCCCUCUCCCUCUCCCCCCUCUCAGGGUCCUCCAGGAUCUCAGCCGUCUCCCCACUCACAGCCUCCUCCACACAACCCCAACAACCCCAUGAUGGGGCCUCAUGGCCAGCCUUUCAUGUCUCCACGGUACCCAGGCGGACCCCGCCCUGCACUCCGAAUGCCAAAUCAGCCUCCAGUGGGAGUUCCAGGGUCACAGCCACUCCUGCCAAACAGUCUGGACCCCACCAGACCUCAAGGACACCCUAACAUGGGGGGUCCCAUGAGGAUGACAGCCCCCAGAGGCAUGGGAGGCAUGGGCCCACAGAACUAUGGUGGAGGCAUGAGGCCUCCUCCUAACUCCAUGGGUCCUGGGAUGAACAUCGGUCCUGGAGGUAGAGGUCCCUGGCCCAAUGCCAACGCUAACUCAAUAGCGUAUUCUUCUUCCUCUCCGGGCAACUAUGUGGGUCCUCCAGGGGGCGGAGGUCCACCAGGAACUCCCAUCAUGCCUAGCCCAGGAGACUCCACCAACUCCAGUGAGAACAUUUAUACCAUGAUGAACCCCAUCGGCCCCGGAGGGAACAGGCCCACGUUCCCCAUGGGUCCAGGUCCGGACGGUCCGAUGGGCGGGAUGGGAUCCAUGGAGCCACAUCACAUGAACGGGUCGCUAGGGUCUGGUGACAUGGAUGGGUUGCCAAAGAAUUCUCCCAACAACAUGGCUGUCAUGAGCAACCCUCCCGGAACCCCUCGCGAUGAUGGGGACAUGACGGGGAACUUCCUCAACCCAUUCCAGAAUGAGAGUCGGGCCCCUCACCUCGACGCUGCGCCUCCCAGCAUGUGCAAGAUGGGGGGCGGGAACAGGAAACAGUCACAGACACACAGGAAGGGACUCUACACAGACUCUCCCUGCCUGCCAAGCUUCCUCACACGCCCUGGGCAGUAAGGGGUCACCCGCCCCCUCCUCAGAUGACCCCUGACCCCUGAGUCCAUCCUGCUGCCAUGCUCACCGCCUCUCCUCAGUCCUUCAGUCUUUCACUCCAGUUCCCACAAUGCAGCAGAGGGGGGGGCGGAGGAGGCCUGUCUCUACGACGACAGCGUCCUGCUUCUGAGAGCGGAAAGCUGAACUAGUGAUGUCAUUAAGGGCAAGGACGUUGUUCAUUUCAUGUUUAUAUUUGAUUGGUUAUGUUAUUAAUCUGAUGUUCCUUGAGGAUUUGUCUUUUUUGGGGGGGGGAUGAUGUUGUUAGGGACUCCAGUGAAGGGCACAUUGUAAUAUCAGCAUCAGCUACUUCAGAAGAAGCACAAGGACAUUUCUGUUUACACGUGUUGGAUGUGUUUAGUGUCCAGUAGGUCAGCUCCUCACACAAUGCACCACUCCUGUCUGGUCACAUGUCUGCCUAGGCGGCUGCUUUCUGCUGCUGACGCUUGAGUUUAGUUUUUUGUUGUCAGUUUUCCGACGUAGAACUUUGUCUGUGAACCUCUCUACACAUCCUUGUGUUCUGGGGUUCAUCCUUGUGUUCUGGGGUUCCUUCAUGAUGUCCAAAGCUUGGUGUCAGCUUCAUCUUCAACUCCUCAUAACAAGUCUAGGAAGUUUUUAUAAUUGCUGUUGUUUGGUUUAGACUGAAUUCACAUUCAGACGCUGUUGUUGUUGUUGUUAUUGUUGAUUAUAGUUAAUUCCUUUGUAUUGUUUGAUUUUAGUUACAAAUUCUAUGAAGUGUAUUCUGUGUAUUUAUGUGUGUGGAAAUCAAGCCCUUUGAGUCUGCACAUCCAGACAGGUUCUGUCUGCUGCUGUGCCCAGCCAGUCUCACAUCCAGACAGGUUCUGUCUGCUGCUGUGCCCAGCCAGUCUCACAAUCACUCUGUGACAUCCCACAGCGAGGGUGACAUGACCAGCUGACUGUCACCACGCUAUAACUGAAUCAUCGUGGCCUGGGUGAGUCCUGGAUGAAUCCUGGGUGAGUCCUGGAUGAAUCCUGGAUGAAUCCUGGGUUAGUCCUGGAUGAAUCCUGGGUUAGUCCUGGAUGAAUCCUGGGUGAGUCCAGGGUGAAUCCUGGGUGAGUCCAGGGUGAAUCCUGGGUGAGUCCUGGAUGAAUCCUGGGUGAAUCCUGGGUUAGUCCUGGAUGAAUCCUGGGUUAGUCCUGGAUGAAUCCUGGGUUAGUCCUGGGUUAGUCCUGGGUUAGUCCUGGGUUAGUCCUGGGUGAGGCCUGGGUUAGUCCUGGGUUAGUCCUGGGUUAGUCCUGGGUUAGUCCUGGGUUAGUCCUGGGUUAGUCCUGGGUGAGGCCUGGGUUAGUCCUGGGUUAGUCCUGGGUUAGUCCUGGGUUAGUCCUGGGUGAGGCCUGGGUGAGGCCUGGGUUAGUCCUGGGUUAGUCCUGGGUUAGUCCUGGGUUAGUCCUGGGUGAGGCCUGGGUUAGUCCUGGGUUAGUCCUGGGUUAGUCCUGGGUUAGUCCUGGGUAAGGCCUGGGUGAGGCCUGGGUUAGUCCUGGGUUAGUCCUGGGUUAGUCCUGGGUUAGUCCUGGGUAAGGCCUGGGUGAGGCCUGGGUUAGUCCUGGGUUAGUCCUGGGUUAGUCCUGGGUUAGUCCUGGGUGAGGCCUGGGUUAGUCCUGGGUUAGUCCUGGGUAAGGCCUGGGUUAGUCCUGGGUUAGUCCUGGGUUAGUCCUGGGUUAGUCCUGGGUUAGUCCUGGGUUAGUCCUGGGUUAGUCCUGGGUGAGGCCUGGGUGAGUCCUGGGUUAGUCCUGGGUUAGUCCUGGGUUAGUCCUGGGUGAGGCCUGGGUGAGGCCUGGGUGAGGCCUGGGUUAGUCCUGGGUUAGUCCUGGGUUAGUCCUGGGUUAGUCCUGGGUUAGUCCUGGGUAAGGCCUGGGUGAGGCCUGGGUUAGGCCUGGGUUAGUCCUGGGUUAGUCCUGGGUUAGUCCUGGGUAAGGCCUGGGUGAGGCCUGGGUAAGGCCUGGGUGAGGCCUGGGUUAGUCCUGGGUUAGUCCUGGGUUAGUCCUGGGUUAGUCCUGGGUUAGUGUCAUGAGGAAGAUACUUGGUUGACAGCUGGGUGUGGUUCGCCCGCUAGUGAAGCUCAAGCUUGUGAGGUCAUGAGAGUAGCGCUCGGUCGAGACAACUAGAUUCAAACUAAACCAUGUAAACCCUUCCUGGGAAAGGAGUUCUGAGAGCAAACAUUUUUGUAUUUAUCAGACACCCCCCUCCACAUGAACCCAUUACCCAGACUACCUUCUCCUGGAUUUCUUUAUUUGUAAAUACUGUAAAAUGCAUUUUGAUAUCAUUGACAUGUUUUUAUAUGUCAGUCACUACCAAUGAUUACAGCUAAAAGUAAAUUAUAAAUUAACUGUUCGUGUUUUUCAUAAUCCAGAGACGCUUUAUAUCUCGUUCCAUCUUUAUGACAACUAAAACUAAAAUUGAGGGGUAAAAUUUGAAUAUAUGAAAAAUUACUUAGAACAUGAAAACCUUACAGUUCCGCAAAUGUUCACUACGGAAUGCUCGGAUGCCACAGCGUCACUAUGUGGGGUUAGUAAAGUGACGUAUAAGAGAGAUUUCUGUGAAUGAAUCUCUAAUGUGAAAAGAUUGCCCACGUCCUCGUCCCAGCGGACUGAUCAACGGACAACAUAAUAAAGUUUUUAAAAUGAAGGAAUUUCUAUCAAUUUAAGAAAACUUAAAAUUUAAAAAAUACUUAAAAACCUCAUUUUAAAUUAAGAAUAGAUCACAUCUAAUACUUAUGGGGAAAACUGUGUCCUUUGCUAUUCACUUCUUCAAUAGCGCUGUAAAGAUGGAUCAUGUCUGAUCCUGUCUCCCUCGCCUGUGUAUAUCAUGUUGGCCAUCUCUGUACUGCCAUUGUGAUGUACAAUACUGUAUUAUUAGGAAGAUGUGGGGGUGGGGUGGGGUCGGGUGGGGUGGGCUGGGGUGGGGUCGGGUGGGCGGUUGGUGGAGGUGGAGAGGGAGCGGACAUAUUGAUUUUUCUGUAAUGUACAUGGUCCUUUCUGAUGACACGGCAGUAUUUAAUAUGAAGCAGUCAGUCUCUUGGGUUGGCUUUGUAAUUCAUGGUUGGAUAGUUCAGGAUCUUGUGUUAGGGAUAGCUGUCUUGUGUAGGUGAUAAAGAUACCAUUGUAUGUUUCUUUAUAUUGUAAAGUUUUCUUUAGACUGAAAGAAAAACUGAUAAUUUGCUUAUCAAAAAAGAAACAACUGCAUCAAUAAUAAAUGUAUUUGAUUUAUA